AUGCUCGGCACCGCCGCCUGCGUCCGCGCCCUCGCCCUGUCCCUCGCCCUGCCCUCGCUCGUUUACGCAGGCCUCAUCCCUGACCUCCACGACCACGCCCACGCCCACCCCUCCCGCACCAUCGCACAUCGCGCUCCCGGCCAGGACUGGUACCACCCGCCCCACCACCCCGUCCACCGCCUCUUCCGCCGCGACGACAACUCUACCGGCGACUACCCCGCACUCGGUUCUCCAGCUUGGAGCGCGCCCUACCCGACCACCACCCCGGACAGCAGCAAGCUGCCCCAGGAAUGGGUCGACGCCCUCAACCAGGCCGUGCAGGCCGGCAAAAUCCCCAACAUCCCCGUCUCCACUCAGACAAACGGCGGCAACCCCACCUACCCGAACGGCUACGAUCCCAACGGCCCCACCGUCUGCUCGGCCACCUACAAGUGCCGCAACCCCGACGAUAUCUGGGACGCCCCCGAGGGCAUGGUCGGCUCCGGCUUUGACGACGGCCCCACCGAGUUCUCGCCCACGCUCUACACUUUCCUCAAGAACAACUCCGUCAAGGCCACGCACUUUAUGAUCGGCAUCAACAUCCUCUGGAACCCCGCCGCCUUUGAGCAGGCCUACGUCGACAACGGCGACGACAUCGCCGUGCACACCUAUACCCACCCGUACAUGACCACGCUCUCCAACCUCGACGUCCUCGCCCAGCUCGGCUGGACCAUGCAGAUCAUCCACAACAGCACCGCCGGCAAGGUCCCCCGCUACUGGCGCCCGCCCUACGGCGACAUGGACGAACGUGUCCGCGCCAUUGCCUUGGAGGUCUUUGGCCUGACCGCUAUCAUCUGGAAUCAAGACACCGAGGACUGGUCGCUGACGGAGAACGGCGGCACCACCAUGCAAGCCGUUGCGCAGAACAUGCAAAAGUGGCUCACAGGAGCCAAGACCCCCGGGCUUAUCAUCCUCGAGCACGAGUUGUCCGCAGAGUCCGUCCAGGCCUACAUGGAUGCGUACCCCGUCAUGAUGCAGAACGGGUGGCAAUUAAAGAGCGUGGCUGAAUUUGGUGACGAUGACGCCAUGAGGGACGGGGAUCUGUUGGAUCUCUUCGACACUACUUCGUCGGCAGCACCGUCUUCGACGAGUGCAAGCUCAACGUCGGCGUCGGCGACACACAGUGGCACCACUUCAUCCUCUGGUCCGGUCGCUACUGGGGGCGUCGGCACAUCGCAGCAGAGCUCGGCCACUUUGCAGUGGUCAUCGCGUUCGGCCUGGGCUGCGUCUGCCUUGGUCGGCGCAGCGGGCUUGUUCGUACACUUGGCAUAAUUGCGACGAGCCCGUCCCCCACCACGUUUUCCUCUCCUCCUCUCUUGUCGCUCGCAAUCUUGGGACAUUGGCACUUUGGACUUUUCUACAACGCAAUUUUGGACGGACAUCGUCUUUUAAUGGCUAGAUAUCCGUAUACUUCUGCUAGUUGUUGGACCUGACUCUGACUGCGUCCGUUCGUUUACUUGGGGACGUUUCGCUGUUGGUGGUAGUCUGGGUCAUUCCCGGUUUUCUCCUUUUCUCGUCUUCUCUAGUCCCCCGCCCUUUUUCUGUACCCUGCUCACGACGAUGACACGUGUAUCUUACCCCAGUCGGCGCUUAUUGCAUCAGUGUCCUUUUGCCAGUUGCCACACCAUGUCUAUGUGUAUGUAUGUAGCUAGCUUGGGCACCCCCUCCCCCCCCUCCAAAAUAUUCCUGUCUUUACUGUUGGUACUGUACUUAUCUUGCGACUCGCACAUACCCCUGAUGAGUAUCUGUUUGUACUUG